GAACAACAGUGCAACUGAGGCAUCACACCCAGGCAGGUUUUUGAGAGUUGACAGCAUGAGGGUCCUCCUUUGGAACGUCUUGUCGUUCUGCCUGCUUGCUUACGCCCUCAGCGACUGCCGGAGAGAUUGCCUGAACUGCCACAGACAUUUGUACAGCCACCAGCAGGAUGACUUCAGCCUUCUCAUCUGCGUCAUGGAGUGCGAAGGAAAGCUGCUCUCCAGCGCCACUUGGGGCCUGUGCAGCAAAGCCACCGGGGGCAAGGCCCCUUCGCCCCUCGAACUCGGCAGCCUGGAAGACGGCGCCAGCCGGCCCUUGGAGGUGUGGAACGGCGGCCUGAAACGCCUCGGCAGCCUGGCCAGGGCGUCGGACCUCGACAAGGCCGGGGGCGAGAAGGGGGUGUCCAAAACGAGCAGCCUCUUUCACCAAGCAGAUGUUGGAGAUGGCGACGGGGUCCAAGCUCUGCUGAGGGACUUACCGGCCCCGUUCGACAUCCCGAAAGGGGUGAGCGGAUUCCUGAACGGGCCUUUCGGUUACGAGCCGGUGGGGGAGGCCGGCGUGCAGGAGCUCCAGAAGCGGUUUGGGGGCUUCAUUGGGGUCCGGAAGUCGGCUCGGAAGUGGCAUAACCAGAAGCGGUUCAGUGAGUUCCUCAAGCAGUACCUGGGGAUGUCUCCGCGAUCCGUCGAGUACGAUGACCUGGCCGACGACCUGAAAGAGCAGAACGAGAUCUAGGCAGGCGGGCGGACU